AUGGAAGAACUUUCCGGAGACACCAACACAGACUUCGCAGUCGCAAAAACAACAGGUGUGAUAAGAGUAGCCGCUGGAAAAACCCUUUCCAAGGCUACAACCGCCACUUACGCGUUGGUAGUUAAAGCGGUUGACACUGGCGCGACCCCUCUGACGGGAACAACGACGGUAUCGGUUACCGUUGGAAACUGUAGCAGCACCGCAGUCACGGGAUGGACGGCCCCUGCACCUAUUGCCUCACCUUCGGGUUCUGCUAAUGCCACAGCUGUAGUUGAAAAUGUAGCAGAAGGAACAACUCUCUUUAUUGCGACAGCAAUCGGAGCUGCCACGUACUCUUUGACAAGCAACGCUGGUGGAAAAGGGGCGAUCAAUUCUACAACUGGUUUUGUAACUCUAGCGAAGGGACAAUUCAUUGAUUAUGAAUCGACUCCUUCACUGAAGUUUGUUGUCGUAGCCAUAGCCAAAACCGGUGCCAAUGGAACAGCAACCAUCACUUUGCCAAUCACUGACGUUAACGAAGCCCCAGAAUUCUCGUCAGCUACCAUAAACGCGUGUAUCAACGACAACUCCGCAGCAGGUUUGACACUUGGAACCUAUACUGCGACAGAUCCGGAUGCUGGAAAUACUAUCACAUACGCGAUUGUUUCCGGAAACACCAACACAGACUUUGCAGUCACCGGAACUACAGGCGUGAUUACUGUAGCCACAGGAAAAACCAUUUUCAAGGCUACGACCGCUACAUAUGGGCUAGUAGUUAAUGCAGUCGACAGUGCCGGGCCAAAAAUGACAGGAACGACAACAGUAUCGGUCACCAUUGGGGGCUGUAGCGGCACCGGAUAUGUCAGGGUGCUCAUGUCAUUGAUGAUUGCGGCAAUUGUUGCUACACAACUGUUUUGAGAAAGCUGUUUUUAUUUAUAUAUGUUAAUUAGAGAAGCGCUAGAACAAUACGGGAAAAUGAUCUAAUGUCGAAGGCAAAAAUAUCUACGCAAUUAAAUAUAGGGGAAAAUAA